CGUCCCGGCCGACGUCCACCUGCAGCUCGCAGAAGAGGAGACCACACCCUGGGGUAGGGAGGAAUGCCCCUUCACCGUGCUAUCCAUCGUUGAAGGGGGUCUUCGUUUCCCGCUCAACCCUCUCAUAACCGAGUUCCUCCGCCGAACCGGGCUGGCACCCACACAGGUGUCCACCAACACUUAUAGAAUAAUCAACGGCGUACACGAAUUGAACCAACGGCUAGGCACCAACUUAGGCCUAGCCGAGAUAUUGAGGCAAUACACUAUGGGCCACACCGGUGACAGCCUGGCUUACUACUUGAAAAUAAGGCCGGGCAAGGAAAAAAUCGUAACCGGCACCCCGGAUAAAGAUAUGCACGACGAUGAUUUCUUCUGGGUGUCCGGCAAUUACGAAACAGCCGAGGUGCCGGGCUGGUUCAUAAGCAAGGACUUCGGUUCUUCAUGUAAGCCACUCAAACUUGCUCGGUGAACUUUAUUCUUUAGUUUAACUAACCGGUUUCCCUGUUUCUUUUGCAGCUAUCCAAGCCUUGCAAGCCAACUACCAAUUCCCCAACGUCGAGGCAAUUCGGGCCGUGCUUAGGUACCGUCACCGAGACUGCAACGAAUUGCUCGGCUACACACCGACUUACAGAUAUUCUGCUCCGCGCCGAAGUAGAGUAACCGACUUCCUCAGAGCUCCUUCGCCUCCUCCAGAUCCAACCCUACCAGACGUCCCAUUAAUCCGGUUAACCGACGAGCAAGAAAUGGCCAAAAGAUCUCGGAUCAAAAACCUUCUAACCGCGACCUCAGCCGAGAUACCGAGCGUCACCACCCGUUCCCCGGCUGCCGGUCAAUCGAGUGCAGCCGUCGUAGCCCUUGCUUCUCCAGCUCCAGCUGCCGUGCAAUCUGCCAGAGAAGCGCGCCGGGCUGGAAAAAGACCAAGGGCAGAUCCCUCCGCCGAGCUCGUCGCCGAGCUGACAACCGAACAUCCAGCUGAAACUCCUGCUCCCGUGCCCGCUUGGCGUCCUCAGCUGAAGCACCGGGGACAGGACAUCCCGGCGACGGCUUCAAUCAAGGCUGACAAAGAACAUUUGCUCGCCUUCGAUAUCUCCAAAGCAUUUCUCCUACCGGGCGACGUGGUAGGCAGUGACCACGUCCCUGACACCCGGCUGGUAAAAUCUUCCGUGAAGUCCAUGGCUAGGGCCAUUCAGAAACAACAUUUGGUCUUGGAGCGCAUCCACCGGCUUAGGCAGAAAGCCAACGACACUGCCAGCCAUGUUGAAAGCCUUCAAGCCGAGCUCGGCCGGGCUAAAGCUUCUCUCGAAAUGGCCAACCAUGACAAUAAUAGACUGCUCGGUCAGCUGGGCGCAGCCGAGAAAAAACAAAGUGAGCUUCAGGCCGAGGUUGACGCUUUGAAGAAGGCGAAGAAGAAGGCUUGCCGGGCUGCCAACAAGGCCGGGUUCAACGAGGCCGAGGACAGCUAUAAGAAGCAGGUGUUUGCAACACAAGACAUCUACUUCAAGGCCGGUUGGAAGUCAGCCUGCGAACACCUCGGCCAGGGCUCUGACACCGACGUUUUUGCCAAUCCUCCCAAAGCUUCACUACCGGUCUACCUCGUGCCAUAUGCAAAUGAUGUAUUUACUGCGCUUCAAGCGGAGGCCGAGGAAGGACUUGAAGAUGGAGAGGAUGACACAGAUUCUGAGGAAGAAGAGGCCGAGGUGCCUGAACAGCCCGGCAACGAUGAGCCCGGCGCCCAAGAAGCAAGCCAAGCUAUUGACCUUGAUGCUAAUGCUGCCGAGGAUGAGUUCACCAAUCUUUCCCCCUUAGUUUAGGUUUCUUUUCUUUGUAUUUUUGCUUUCAAUACACUUGAUGUAACCGGGCUUUGUCCCCACCUUUUGUAAUGAAUUUCUUUAUCAAUGAAAAAUUUUGAAUUUUCGCCAAGUGUUUGCCCGGUAGUAAUUAAUUCCGUCUUCAGCAAACUAUCUCAGUACGACUUAUCAUUUGAACACUUGGUCGACCGGAGUCCAUAACAAAACAAAUUCACGCACCGAAAUAUCCAUCUCGGUUGUUGCUAAGUUUGGACAAGAUACCAUGUUGGACAAGACGCCAACUCUUCCAACCGGAGUACUUCAUCUCGGUUGGGAAUCCAAAGUUGGACA